AUGGCGUCUCCUCCUUCUCCCGCGGAGAAGCCCUCCGAUUCCCAAACGCUUGAUCCUCUCGUCUCCCCAUCUCCUCCCUUGUCCCCCGCCGACCAGCAGUCCCUUUUGCCCGCCGCCGACCUCUCGGCGCCCAAGGCCGCUGCAGAGGCCACGCCGGCGAAAGCGGAGGGAUCGGAAGCGGUCGAAGGAGGAGAGGCAACGGAACAGGAAGCGAAAGAUGAUGGAUCGGAGGAGGAAGAGAUGGAAUGCGGAUUCUGCCUCUUCAUGAAGGGUGGCGGUUGCAAAGACGCCUUCAUCGCCUGGGAGGACUGUAUAACGGUCGCCAGGGAUACCGGCGAGGACGCUGCCGAGAAAUGCAUGGAGGUCACUUCUGCGCUCAUGAAGUGCAUGGAGGCCCACCCCGACUACUACGAGCCUAUCCUCCGAGCCGAGAAGGCCAUGACCGACUCUAUCACGGAUUCCGGCGACGAUGAUCCUGAAUCGGAGAAGAAGGUGGAGGAUGAUUGA